AUGGUUUGUGCUUGUUGUGUAUUGCUUAAAGCUAUUGAGGUUUUUUUGUACUUUUGUCAGUCUCGGAUACGCAUACACAGUGUUUAACACAAUUGGUUUGUUUGAACGUAUGAACGCAGCUCUCGCAUUUGCGACACUCUUAUAAUACACAACAAAGUGAAAUGAAGGAGGAAGAAAAGAUAUAGUAAAGAAAAAAAAAUACACAGUACCAGAAUUAAAUUCAAAAGGAAUAGAGUGCUCAUAAUACUAAACAAGCAACGAGGUUCAACAUUACAGUGCGACCGUGUAAAGUUUAUUGAAAAUGAACAGAAAAAAAAGAGUUUGCAUAACAAAGAAAUAGCCAGCAUAUUGAAUAAUCAUAUUUCGUCCAUAAAAAGAGAAUUCAACGCACGAAGAAAAAACGACUACGACGACGACGACGUGAAAAUAAAAUCAGUUUUUGCAUGGAAAUCGUAGUUUGUUGGUUCGUCACCAUCGAAUUCGGGGUGCCCCAAAUACUCGCGUCAGCCAACUACUAAUACGGAAAUAAGACAUUUUUUUCUCUUACUACAAAAACUAAUUUCAAAGCAUUUAAAGAAUAUUCACAAAAUUGUUUGUGUGAAUAAGUGUGAAUAUCAAAAGGUUGAGAAUAUGAAAAUGUUCAAGUCGCAAUUUCGAUUUGGAACAUAAGAGAAUAGAUGGAAAAGGGCAGCAAAUACAUACGCACUUAAAGAAGAAGUGAUUAAUUGAUGGCCAAAAUUGGAUUCGCUUUGUUCUCGCUCUCUCUAUGUCUGUCUGAGUGAUGAUAUACAUGUGUUUGUAUCUGUGAACAACCACCAAUUCCCAAAAUUCUAUUCAAUGAACAAAAACUAUUUUUCACUCCAUUAAAAAUUUAAUGUAAAAAUGUAGUGCAUUUAUAACAUUUUUUGUGCUAUCGAUUAUGCAUAAAAAUAAAAAAAAUAAAUAAAAAUUCAGAAACAAAUAAAAAUAAUAAAAGUUUAACAUACACAAGAAGAAAAAAGAAAGAAAAAAUUAUAUAUGAUAAUAUAUUUAGUAUAGAAAAUGUACGAACAGUGAAGGUGGAACAUAAAGUAAAUAAGAAAAAGAUACUUUCGUGUAUAGUAUGUGUGCGUGUAUUGAGUAUUAGUGCUGUGGAUAUUAUUCACUUUACACGUAUACAUAGAUAAAGUGCUGCUGUAGACAUCGUCUGAAACAUCAACACCAACCACGACGAAAACGACGACGGACAUUCACAUCGUUACAGAGUGUGUACAUAGUAGAAGCAACGCAUAUUCGUCUCUUGUAUUCGUUGUUGCGUUUGUGCAUAAGUACCGUGUACCGACUCUCUCACCAAAAAAAAUUAUAUGUAUAUAUAUAUAUAUAAAUCGAGUUAAUCGAAGCGGACUCAAUCGAAGCGGACCAAUUCAAUUUGAUAUAAAUACAUACAAACAUUGGAUGAACUUACAAAUACGCACACUGCAAGUAACACUCCGACGCAUUUUUGAAAUCAUAACAAAAAUUGCAACCGAAACGAAAAUAAAUUGAAAAUAAAAAGAUCAUAAACUAUAACAACAAAAAAAAAAAAAAACAGCGCAUAUAUAAUCAACGAAAAAAACCAGCGGCAAAUCGCAGAAAAAAGAAUCUAUAAAAAGCAACAACAACAGUGAAAAACUACAUUUGGUGCGACACUACGAAGACAAAACGGCGAAAUGGCAUGCCUCAACACAUUGAAACUGGAGAUAAAAACGCUAGAACGAACAUUCACAAAAAACCACGAACGUUUUCGAAUUUUACAUGCCAGUGUUGAUGAGCUAACCUGUCGAUUUAUCGGAAAAAAUGGCAAAAACUACGACAUCCAUGCAAACAUCACUGAGACAUAUCCAUCGACACCACCAGUAUGGUUUGCCGAAAGUGAAGAAACAAGCAUUACGAAUGCUGUUCAAAUUUUAAGCACAACGGAAGGUCAAAAUAAUCAUGUUUUGAAUCAAGUAAACAUUUUGAUACGUGAACUGUGCCGUUUGCAUAAUGUUCCAUUGCUAAGUGAAUUGGAUACUCUACUGUUACCGCCAAAUGCCGAAUUUUUCAAAGCAACCGUACAGCAACAGUGCGAACAAGCAGCUGUUGAGGACAGCGAUGCUGAAGAAAUUGAAGAUGCAACCCUUGAAUCGGAGCCAGAAAGUGAAGUUGAUGAAGAUUUGUCUCUGGAAAUGGACGAUGGACGCAAUGCUAACAAGAAAGAUGAAAUGGACAUGGAACAUUUAGCCACUUUAGAAAGACUUCGUCAAAGUCAACGCCAAGACUAUUUGAAGGGAUCUGUAUCGGGAUCAGUACAAGCGACGGAUCGCCUUAUGAAAGAAUUACGUGAUAUUUACCGUUCGGAAUCGUUUAAAAAUAACAUGUAUUCCAUUGAAUUGGUCAAUGAUUCGAUAUAUGAAUGGAACAUUCGUUUACGUUCCGUCGAUCCGGACAGUCCACUUUACAAUGAUUUAGUUCAGUUGAAGGAGAAAGAAGGCAAAGACAGUAUCCUCUUGAAUAUUAUGUUCAAGGAAACAUACCCUUUUGAACCACCAUUUGUUCGUGUAGUUUAUCCAAUCAUUUCAGGUGGUUAUGUUUUGCUGGGUGGAGCAAUUUGUAUGGAAUUGCUGACAAAACAAGGAUGGAGUUCAGCUUACACUGUUGAAGCGGUGAUAAUGCAAAUUGCGGCUACUCUAGUCAAAGGAAAGGCACGCAUUUUGUUUGGUUCACAGACUAAGGUUCUCUCACAAGGUCAAUAUAGUUUGGCUAGAGCACAACAAAGUUUCAAAAGUUUAGUGCAAAUACACGAGAAAAAUGGAUGGUUCACACCACCAAAAGAAGAUGGCUGAAUAUUACCAUUCAAUAUCUUUUCUUUGUUAUGUUCUAUUGUCCACUUCCUCUUUAUUAUUUCCGAGAACUGUAUCCGAUUGAAAAAAGGAAACCACCCCAAAAAUAAAUUUAUCGACACACCAAAAACCAGCAUAAAUGAUAAUAAACACUUCCUCUUCAUGAAAAAUGCAUUAAAAUACAUACAUACACCAGGUAAACACAUAUUACAAUUCCAGAACUAUUAGAACAAAGAAAACACUUGUGAAAUAGGCCAAGCAUUCAAAAAACUAACACAAAGAAUAUACCCAAAUGAAACAAAAUCAUACUACACACAAAUAUAUAUCAGGCAGAUAUUAUUUAAAAAAUGCAAAAAUAAGGCAAGAACACACAUUCUUUCAAUAAAAAAAAAAAAACAAUAUGAUGUACAUAACACUAAAAAAUGAAAGCAGAUGUAUUUUAGACGAACCAGAAGUUGCGAUUAAAAAUUAUAUUAAUUUUUAGUAAAAAAAAAAUAAAGUUCUGAGAAAAAAAUAACGCUAAAUGAUAGAUUUAUUGGUGGAAAAAAGUGAAAGUGAGUAAAUUUAAAAAUUUGUUUUAAUUGCCUUUGUCUGCUAUCGAUUCAAAACUGUCUAUAUUGAAUCUAACAUUCACAGUAAAUAAUUAAUCGAAGUGAGUGUUGAUUUUAAUUUCGGUAUUUGAAAAUGUCACAAUUAACUCAAUUUUAAAUGACCGAGAUUGUUUAGAAUGAAGGUCAUGGGAAAUGAUCAACAUUUAAAAUAAACAUUGAACAAAUGUACAUCUUUAAAAUAGUCCAUGCUACAUUUUCAAUUCUUUCAUUCAAGCAAUCACACACAAGCUUCUCCUUAAAUAUUAAGCGGUAUAGUUAUUUUUUAUUUAGCAUCGAUGAUUUUCAGCUAUUGAAAUCCGUUGCGCCUUUAACAAAAUUAGUUCAAUUUAUUUUGUAUAACUCGGCAAAUAAUUUGUAAUAAUCAAUGGAUAUAGAAGCUCCAUACUAAUGUAAAUUAGGGCCGAAGGUUUAUUACCGCUUAAGAAUGUAUUUGUGAGUAGGUACAGAUGUCAUGGAACCACACAUUUUCUUCAUUAAAAACAAAAAAAAAACUUAUAAUAGACACCUUAUCUAUGUGUCUAUACAAAAACUA